AUGAGGCUGGUCUUGAGGCCCAGGACUGACAAUGACCGCCAGUAUCGCCAUCCGCGCAUCAGGUCGACCAAGACAGGCACCAGGAAGGACACGGCCAAGGUCCGUCGAAGAUUGCUCGAUUCCGGAGUCCAGGACAGUGGAUCCUCACCCGGCGAGGACUGUGAGCCCCUUCCGCCGCUCGACGAGAUCAUCGAUGCCGUCGACCGAUUCACCCGUCAAUCCUUCCAGCUGGGUUUCAUCCCGAAGCGGCAGUUCAUCGACAGACUUCGCAAGAGUCCCCAGUCCGUCGAUCUCUUCCUCCUUCUCAGCAUCCUGAGCGUCUCGGCCCGUCUGACUCCCGCCCUCAUAGGCCGGUUCGGUUCGGGAAUCGCGGCGGCCGAGUUCUUCAUGGAGCGUGCCGCCACUAUGGCCGUUGGCGAGAUCUACCAGAAACCUACGCUGGAGAGGUGUCAGGCCUUUUACCUGCUCAGCAUCUCCCAGCAGGGGAAUGGCCUCGGAAACAAGAGUCAUAUCAACAUGGGAAUCGCCAUGCGUCUGGCCACCCUCCUGCAGCUGCAUCGCGAGGAGACCUAUCGGAUCGCUCAGGUGAACCCCGAAGCUGUCAUACGUUCUGAAUCUGCCCGUCGUACUCUGUGGCUCCUAUAUAGCCAAGACAGUAUCCACUCGGGCCCGUUCUACCCCGUAUCCUUGGCCGCCUCGGAUAUCACAGCACUUCUCCCGAGCGACGAGGCCGAUUUCGCUGCUGGCCGCCUCCCGGGCCGCCGCGCUGCCCUCGCCGAUACGCUCCCAGCUAUCAAGAGCCCGUCUCUGUUGAACGACCCGGACCGCUCGCUAUUUGCCUCUUUCAUCCAGAUCCAUUACUUUUGGGGCACGGUCAGUCGUCGAGCCAUCAGCUAUUCCCGGAGCUCGUGCCCAUGGGACCCCGGCAGCCAUUCGGCCCAGAUGAUGGACAUGCUGAGCAAUUGGGAGGCGUCGCUGCCGAUAGAGCACAGGUGGAGCGCCGCUAUGCUCCAGAAGCACAAGUCUGAGAGUCAAGACCUUGGCUAUCUAAGUAUAACCAUGAUGACGAGGCUUUGCAACAUUGUCGCUCGUCGGCCGUAUCUAGCCGAGUGA